AUGGACGCCUUAGAAGUGAGCAAAUUUAACCUUAUUUUAAGUUGUAUUAAAAAUAUUGAAAGCUUUGAUGGCAAUGAUCAGAAUCAACUGCCAGAUUUUAUAAGUCAAGUUGAAAACAUCAUACCAUCAAUUUCGGAAUUUGACAAUACUAACCGAUGUAUACUUUUUGGAUAUAACUUCGGUGAAAAAUUUAGUAGUAAUGAUUUAAUGGACAAUCUUAAAACCUGUAGACUACAAGGAACUACAGAAAAUUAUUAUUUUCAAAUUAACAAACUCGCAAAUAGAAUCCAUAACAGAAAUUUAACUCAUGGCGAUAACACUUACACAACAAGUGAGAUAAACCGAAUUUCACUUAAAACAUUUAGGGACCAUUUACCAGAACCCACUCGCACGAUGAUAUUCGCUAGAAACCCUACGACCUUAGAAGAUGCAUUUCAAAUAAUAUUAGAUGCUAGACACCAAGGUUACACUCAAUUUGGACCAGCAAAACAAGGCUAUUUGAGUACAAAUACUACAAGAACUGACUUUAGUAAUAACUAUAGAAAUCCUAAUAAACCUAUAAAAAUAUUAGCUCCAAGCUAUAACAGACAGUACGAUAAUAAAUAUGAUGAAAGCCAUAAUACAGGUAAUGACAACAAUUACAAUAAUCACAACUUUGGGAACAAUUAUACACCUUUACGCCAAAAUCAACGAUUUCCCACUGAUAAUUUGGAUCAUUAUUAUGAUAAUAACGCUGGUAGCUCAAGAUUCACAGGACAAACAAGGCGAUCAAAUUACUCACAAGCCCCAAAUACAAACAUACCAAAAUAUACUCCAAAUAAUAAUCUGUAUCAAACUAGACAGUCUAAUUUAAUAAAUGAUAAUAAAAGUUUGAACAGUUCUAAUCAACAAGUGGUACCAAUGGAAAUUGGAAAUUCCAAUGUAAAUUUUCCUAUCGUGGGCGAAGAAACCUUCCUUACAUAA